AAAAUAAAAAAGUGACGUUUCUUGGUUGACGUCUGACGAUGGGGUGUUGAGCUCGAUAAUUUUUAGAUUUGAUUAAUAAAUUGUAAAUAUUGUUGGGUGAUAUGAAAUAACAAUAUAAAUCAGAUUCUGAUACCUUCGGCCGUUCAGUUGACCCAGGUAAAGUACCACGAUGACUGCCCAGCCGAGCGAUAGCACGGAGUUUCCGCCAGAGAUUACCCUCAAACCCCUGGCGCUAAUCGGGCUGUCAGGCCUGGACACGAUAAAUAACGCAAUACACAAGACUAUAUGGGACGCCUUUUCCAACAAUCGCCGCCUCGACCGCGCCUCUGUUCAGUUUAAACUUCUACAUAACACCUUUGAAUUUCCUGUCAUUAAACCAAAAAGAAACUCCUACGAGUGGUACAUACCGAAGGGAAUAUUGAAAAAAAACUGGAUCCCAAAACGUGUCUCACUAAUACCUGCCGUCGUCGUCAUAUUUUACGAUAUGGAGUGGAAUGACCCACAGUGGAAUGAAAAAAUCAUUGAGUGUGCUUCGAGGGUGCAAUCAAUACGCGCUGCGGUGGAGGGACACGCCACCCGCGUCGCUGUGGUGGUCGUCCAGAGCGGUCUCUCUCCGCCACCCUCGGAGUACAUGCUUGGAGCUGAAAGAGCACAAGUGCUGUGCUCUGCUUGUGAAAUACAAUCUAAAUCAUUAUUCGUUCUACCUCACAGUGAUCAUCUGAUGGGCUACAUAGUGAGACUAGAGAAUGCUUUCUAUGAUAUUGCACAAAACUAUUAUCACCAUGAAACCAAGAACAUUAAACAGCACAGAGACCAUUUAAAUAAAACUACCCAUCAAUAUUUAUUUGUUAGACAUCAGUUCAAGCUGGGUUUCCUGAACGAGCUAAAGCAGGACCUGAGCACUGCACACAAGCACUAUAUGCAUGCUUACAACAAUUUGCUGGAGACACGACAGGUUGACACUAACAUACAUGAGAUCAGAACAGUUGCUGGCUACAUUAAUUACAAGCUGUGCAAGCUGCUCUUUGCACUGAACCUGGCCAGAGAUGCGAUAGCACAGCUCAAGUCCCACAUUGAACGGUAUAAAAAUAGAAUUGGACCUACUGAACUACUUUUUGAACACUAUGCUUGGAUAGCCAGACAAUAUAGUGCAUUUGGAGAACUUUUUGAUGAAGCAAUUGGAUUAGGGCUCCCUGCUAUUCAGUCUCAACACCCAGGGUUUUAUUAUCAGCAUGCUGCACAAUUUACAGUGAAAAGAAGGCAAGCUAUGCGCUCUGUCUGUUGUGAGGCCCUACAGUAUCCACCACCACCAGAUCCUAUGGAAGGUAUUGUGGAAUUUUAUGGUCAGAGGCCCUGGAGGCCAGGGAGGCUUAGUGCUGAUCCUCAUGACCCUCAAAAAGAGCAGGCUGCUGUACUAGCUUUGCAGUACAAUGAGAGAGUUUUUAAUCACUCUGGAAUGAUUAUCAGUUUCCUUAGUAGUGCCAUCACCCAGUUCAAGACUUUUCAUUCGCCCCGGAUGAGAAAGCAGCUAGUGGUUGAAAUGGCAAAUGAAUAUUAUUAUUGUGCAGACUAUGGUAAAGCACUUACACUUUUGACUCAUAUGCUUUGGGAUUACAGAAGAGAGAAAUGGUGGUUCCUGGCCUCCCAUGUGUUGAACAGAGCUUUGCAAUGUGCCUACUUAUCUGCAAAAAUUCAAGAUUAUAUCCAGCUCUCUAUAGAGGCACUCUCAAGACACAUUCAAGUGCCAAAUAAUGAUAAGGACAGGAUAUUUAGGAAUGUUAUGUCUGUUCUCAAUCUGAACAUUCCAGCGCCUGAGCCGGAUCUUCCUGCUUCUUCUCAGAGCAGAGCAUUGGAGCUUUGGCAGAUGGCUAUCGAAAAAGAGCCUAUGACAGUCAUUAUUGACAUGAUGAAUAUAUCAAGUUUCCUAGAAGUAAAGACAAAAUUUACACAAGUGAAGUAUAGAAUGGAUGAUACAAUUGAAGUUGAAUUAUUUGUGCGUCUCACUUAUAACACUACUCUUCAAGCAAAGGCAGUUACCCUUACAAUUGCCACAAAUACAGAAACCAUUGAAAUUCCCAUAGUGGAUAAUGAAACCUCAAUUGUUAAAUUAGAAGGUGAUAAGGUGAAAAGGUUCUCAUGUCAAUUUAAAUCAAAUCCACAUGAUAUUGGAUCCAAUUUGAGUAUUAAAAAUGUAUCAUUUAUUCUUGAUAAUGAAAGGAGAAGAAAGGUUAUAAUGAAUUUUAAAAUUGAAGAAAAUAAAUCCAUAGAACCAACCAUACAUCCUGAGCUGCUUCACUUCAUAUUAAGUCCUAAAAGUGACUAUGAAUAUGAUUGUAUAGUGCCCAUGAACACCACCAGUAUCACAAGUAGGGAAUGUAGAUUGUCUAUAGAAAUUGAAAAUGCAGUUCCUGCACUCCAGGGGGAAUGGUUUCCAACAACCUUCAAAGUGAUCAAUAAUGAAGACAGUUUGGUUUAUGAUAUGACAAUAGCUCUUUCACUUUUAAGCUCCCCAGAUAACCCAAAUCCUGAAACUGUCACUGAAUUGAGUUUUAAACAUGGUGAACCACAGCCUCAACCUCUUAAAUUCCAAGUAGGAAAUGUGGACAAAGCUUCCACUUACUCCAACACAUUCUUCUUGAAGACCAACAGGACUGCAACAGCAACUGUACAAUUAAGAGUGACAUACAAUAUUGACUUCCAAGAAACACCAAAGCUUCAGUGUGUUAAAGAUUUUACUACAAAAAUUACAGUCAUAAAGCCAUUUGAAGUAUCCACAAAAUUUGUAGAGCUGAGUUUUAUGCCAAUCACCAAAUGCUUUGUAGAUGAUCCUUUUAUAGUAAUGCCUGAAAUAAAAAUUCUAAGUCCAUGGGAUUUACUUAUUUUAGAUACUGAGUUAGAGACAGUGGAUUGCUUUGGGUAUGGGGAUCAUAAAAAACCAACAUCUUGUAUUAGUAACUUACAGGUGGCUGAAAAAAACAUAGCAUCUGAUGCCAUAUCUGUGCAGGCAAAGUACAAACCAAAAGACCCACCCACAAGAGUAGGGUUAUACAACAUCAUGUGGAGGCGGAAAAGUAACACUUGUGGUCACUGUGUGAUGAGCACCACUGCACUAUCAGGGAUAGCAAUAGAAGAAUGUCCUAUUUCCAUUGAAGUCAAUUAUCCAGAAGUAGUAGAACUAAUGACUUCUGUUCCACUGAAGUGUAGACUAACUGGUAGAACUGAUGUUCCUAUCAGGCUCAGCCUGACAGUGGAAGGAACUGACACUUACAUAUUCUCUGGGUAUAAGAAGUUUUCUGUGACAGUUCCACCAAAAGACAAGUUUGAGUUGUGUUACAAUAUUCUACCUCUAGUGACGGGUAACACUAUUCCACCAAGAUUAAAAGCUACAGUCCUAGGUGACAACACAAGGCAGGAAGUAAUAACAGAAAUAUUUGAGAAAAACUUUCCUAGAAAUAUAUUUGUUAUGCCUAAAUAUAAAUGAAUUAAAUGUAUUAAAUUGUUAGUCAUUUCAAUUGAGAUUUGUAAAUAGUUUGAACAAAUAUGUAAUUAUAAUUUGGUUUCCUGUAACUAAUUAUUAUAAUUCUU